GUUCUGUCUACUCAGCUAGUUUCAAUAGAGGGAUUUGAUCGUACGACUUGUGUCACCACUUGUUAGUGUCUUAGUUUAACUAUAGAGUUGUUGUGUUUAUAUAUCAUCUUUAUGUCUGUGUAGGCUGAUGCUUGUGUAGGAUGUCUUCAGUGAAUUUCACUGGGAAGAAUGUGGAGGAGUUUACCAUCACAGGCUUCGACCACCUCUCUCACCAGAAGCUCCUGGGCUUCCUCAUCUUCAUCACCUAUUUCCUUGUGCUUCUGGGAAGCAGCACCAACAUCUGCAUCAUUUUGACGGACAGACGGCUGCACACGCCCAUGUACCUCCUCAUCUGUAACCUGGCCAUGGUGGACAUCAUGUUCACCUCCAGCACCAGCACCACCAUGAUCUCUGUCCUGCUGGGCGAGGUCAAAACCAUCUCUUACUACUCCUGCAUAUCAAGCAUGUACAUCUACCACCUGGGUGACAUCGAAGAGUGUCUGGCCCUGUCCCUGAUGGCUUUGGACCGAACCAUCGCUAUCAGCACUCCUCUUAGGUACCACAGCAUACUGACUAACCCACGGCUCUUCCUGUUGAUCACAGCUACCUGGCUGAUAGGGUUAGGGGUCAUGGGGGUAGUAGCAGCUCAGGCAGACAGCCUUCCAUACUGCCAGCCCAUCAUUAGAUAUAUGUUCUGUGACUAUCCUGCUAUGGUCAGAGCUGCCUGUGUCAACCCUGAACCCUAUUGGAUGCUUCCCACCAUCCUGGGUCUGUGGUUGGUUGGUGCACAGCUCACAUUCAUUCUGCUGUCAUACGUGAAUCUGAUCUACACAGUACUGAGACUGCCUAACAACGAGAGCAGAGUGCAGGUGUUUAAUACCUGUAUUUGUCACAUCAUUGUGGUGUUCUGUUUCUACGCUCCCAAGUUAGUCUCUGUGUUGUUGACGAGGAUAGGGGUGAGGCUGAAUCUGACGGAGCGUAAUGCUUUAAUGAUUAUAGCUACGCUGUUACCUUCUCUGAUUAACCCAGUAGUCUACUGUCUGAAGACCAAGGAGAUUAGAAAGAGGUUGGUUCAGAUACUGUCUAGGAAAAGAACGGCAGUGAUGAAAUGAGGUAGUGAAAAGUAUUAUUUUGUGACUUCAAAUCAGUGUGUUUAAAGGUUUUAAAGAUAAUUUCCAAUUCAGCUCACAUCAGCAGCGUUUACGUUGCCUUUAAGAGUUGCUUUGUCUUCAAGAAAGAUCAGAUUGAAUUUCUGUUGAAUAACCACAAUCCAAGGUUUAAAUAUUUCCAGCUUCUUCUGUCAGCACGUUACAUUACACCUGAAAAUAUCUAAAUGGUUUUAUUUUAUUACACUCAAUAUUCAACAUACUUUUUUAAAAUUGUUGUUGCAAUGUCGAGAGUUAU